AUGGGUCUCUCCAACAAAGGUGACAGCAUCGUGGUGUUCACCCUCGUAACAUUCUUCUUCAUUUUUCUUUCCAUCUUCCUAAUCUAUGUUCCCCGUCGAAGAGAGAUGAAAACUUGGUUUCAACGAGGGGUUGAGAUUACUGCAUCGAUAGGAAGACGAAAUGAAGUGGAGAGAGAUGCAAGAGCUUCUCGAUUUGAAGACAUUGAGAUGGGAGAUAUGUCGGGCGUUAUGAGUGCGAAUGUGAGGAGGGGUGCCGUGGUUGUGGCAAUGCCGAAACAGUUUUCAUGUGUGAAUGGUAGGAUGUAG